GUGGAUAAUACAACUGCAGAUCCUGUAACACUUUCAUGUCUGCCAGAAUACAUGAAGGCAGUUAUUGCACAAGACUAUCUCAUUUCAAAGUGUGGCUCUCAAUGCCAUCUGUAUUUGAGUGACCCUGCCUGCAAACCUGUGAUUACAAGACAACAUUAUAUAUUCUAUAUACCAUAUGAUGGUUGUGACACAAGACGGGAGAACACUGGAAGUACUAGCAGUUUCUCCAAUACUGUCAGCAACUCUGGAAGUGGUGUAAAUCUCCAAUUUCGCUUCACCUGCCAAAUGGAACCAAGGCAAAUGACAGAAGUAACACACAAUGUGGAUGAGUAUGAAUCCACAAAACAAGUCCAAAUGCAAAAAACACAAAUACAUGUGAAAUUUUUAUUCUAUGACUCGCCUUCCUUUUUGCACCCAUGGAAUAACUUGCCCUACUUUAUGAAUCUGAAUCAGGGCCCAUUUUUCCAAGCUACGCUCUACAGUUUUAAUCAGAACCUGAUAUUAUUCAUAGAUACAUGUGAGGCUUCUAACACAAAUGACUUCACUGCUAAGAGCCAUGUCAUCAUAAAGAGAGGGUGCAUACAAGAUAAUACCUACACUGAUUAUUUUACACAAAACAGAAGAAUCACCCAUUUCAGAUUUAAGCCCUUCAGGGUUUUCAGCAGAUAUUCCACAGUUUACCUACAAUGCAAAAUAGUGGUGUGUCAUGCAUAUGACUAUUCCUCUCGAUGCUACCAAGGCUGCCUAUCUAGGAAUAAAAGGGAAGCAAGCUCAGAUCAAGAACAGUUGGGAGUUCUUGGACCACUGGAACUUGAGUAAUCCAAAAACAUGAACAGUGUCAUCUUGAACGUAAUGACUUUCAGUGAUUCCUACCAAGUACAGGGAGAAUACUUGUAAAAUUAA